CAAAAACAGAGAAAAAUCAUGUCUUGGAAGAAAAUUGUUGUACCAAAAAAUGAAUUAAAUCUUCGUUUGACUCUUCUUGGAGGACAAUCAUUCAGAUGGAAAGAAGUCGAAAAUGAAACUUUUAUUGGGGUCUUUGCGAAUAUUUUAUGGAAAUUAAAGCAAAAUGACGACUCGUUGCUGUACAAAAUCGAAGGAGAAACCAACUGUGAUGAAAUUUACUUGAAAAUGAAGCUAAACACGACAAAACCUCCCAAAAAAGCAAAAUCAAAGCAAUUUUAUGAAGAUGUUCAUUACGAAAACUUGUUGCGUUGCUACUUGAGACUCGAUGUAAACCUUCAAGAUCUUUGCCAAAAAUGGAAAAAAGCUCAUCCUCACUUCACGGAAAUAACAAAUCUAACAAAUCAUGAAUUUCUCGGCGUGAGACAAUUGAAUCAAGCAGUUACGGAGAACAUUAUUUCCUUUAUUUGUUCACAAAAUAACAAUAUUAAGAGAAUUUCGAGCUUGGUUUCGAAGUUUUGUGAGUUGUAUGGAACGAAAAUUGCGAAUUGUGAAGGAGAUGAUUGGUAUUCGUUUCCAAAUAUUGCAGAUUUGAAAGAUUCGAAGAUGGAAGAAAAAUUACGAGCAUCAAGUUUCGGAUAUCGCGCACGUUACAUCGCCAAAUGCACGGAAGAAAUCAAAGAAAAGGGCGAAAUCGAGUGGUAUUCAAAACUUCAGAACCUUUCAUACAAAGAAGCGCACGCUGAACUCCUCACUCUCACAGGAAUCGGUCCAAAAGUAGCAGAUUGCAUCUGUUUGAUGUCUUUGGGACACUUGGAUUCCAUCCCCGUCGAUACUCACGUCUUUCAAAUCGCAAAAGCACAUUACCUGCCGAGUUUGAAACCAACCAAAAGCAUUUCUUCCAAAGUUUACGAGGAGAUAAAAGACACUUUUCGAGAGAUUUACGGACCUUAUGCUGGAUGGGCACAAACUAUAAUGUUUUGUGCGGAUUUGAAACAAUUUCAGAUGCCAAAGAAGAAUUUGAACACUGAAGAAGCCGAAAAAAUCCAACAAAAAAUUAAAAUCGAAGUAAAAAUCACUGAAAAAUAAUUUUUCCAC